UGGUGAUCCUCCGUCCCGAGCUCAAAGCAUCGCGUGCUGAGAGCGCCUAAAGCGCCUGUGACCUCUUCCAGGCCAGGGAAUAAUAGGCCCUAUUUCCGGUUGGACUCAGGAAGGAUGCGGGCUGGUUCCAACCGAAAGUGACUCAGGGGACCAACCAAGCUCUGGGUAAAAGCCUGAGCAAACUGUCCUUACGUGUCUCGGAAUCAUGGCACUCUGGCGGGCAUACCAGCGAGCCCUGACUGUUCACCCGUGGAAAGUACAGGUCCUGACGGCUGGGUCCCUGAUGGGCCUGGGUGACAUUAUCUCACAGCAGCUGGUGGAGAGGCGAGGUCUGCGGGAACACCAGACUGGCCGGACCCUGACCAUGGUCUCUGUGGGCUGUGGCUUUGUGGGCCCCGUAGUGGGAGGCUGGUACAGGGUUUUGGACCGGCUCGUCCCUGGCACCACCAAGGUAGAUGCGCUGAAGAAGAUGCUGUUGGAUCAGGGGGGCUUUGCCCCUUGUUUUCUAGGCUGUUUCCUCCCACUGGUAGGAGCACUCAACGGACUGUCAGCCCAGGACAACUGGGCCAAGCUACGGCAGGACUAUCCUGAUGCCCUCAUCACCAACUACUAUCUCUGGCCUGCUGUGCAGUUAGCCAACUUCUACCUGGUCCCCCUUCAUUACAGACUGGCCGUUGUCCAGUGUGUGGCUGUUCUCUGGAACUCCUACCUGUCCUGGAAGGCUCACCGGCUCUAGGCCCGCCUCACUCCAUUGCCUGCACUUGUGGGGAUGCCGCUUGACCCUGGAGCCACCAGACAGCCUCCUCAGAGUGGGCACAUCAGCUUUCCUGGGGUUCCGUGCCACUCAGAACUUAAUGGGCUUUGCACCCGCCUCCUCUUGAAACCAUUAAAACCCUUCUAAUGGUUUUGUACAACCACCACCAUAAACGUUCGUUGUACUGUA